AUGCCUUCCGCACUAAGGGAUCCAGAAACUUUCGGAAAGAAAGUGUCGAAACAGGGCAAGGGAAAGGCGCUAUCUAGUGGGAGCAAAAAGGUCGCGCCGAUACCGGAACCUGUCGAAUCGGUGGAUGACGAGGACGAGGACGAUGAGGGAGUCGACGAGGAGGGUAUGGCGAGGCUGAUGAAGGCUUUGGGUGAGGACGCUCUGGAUGAGUUUGACCAGGCCCAGCUGCGGUCUCUGGCUGGGGAUGACGAUUCUUUGGAGGGGGAUGCGAAUAGCGAGGGCGAAGGGGAAGACGAUGAAAAAGCUGCGGUUGACGAUGAGGAUCAGGAUGACGACGAAGAGUCUGCUGCAGAGGGUGACGAGGAUGCGCCGGAGGACAGCGAUCAAGAACAAGAUGAAGAUGAAGAGGAGGAAACGGCGGUGCUACUCGAUGAAGCUGAAGAUGUGGACGAGGACGCGGUUCCACGCCAAAAAAUUGAAGUGGACGACAAGAUCGCUCUUGAACGUAUCCGUGAAGCAAUUCAACUUGACCCAUCCUUGCCAUGGACAGAAACGUUAACACUAUCAUAUCCCGAAACAAUUGAUGUUGACGUCAACGACGACCUCAACCGCGAGCUGGCCUUUGCCAAUGCCGCCCGUGCCCUUGCUACAAAACAUAAGUUCCCCUUCACCCGGCCCUCAGACUACUUUGCCGAGAUGGUCAAAAACGACGCGCACAUGGAGCGGAUCCGUCAGCGCCUUCUAGAUGAAGGCGCCGGGAUCAAAAAAAGCGAGGAAAAACGAAAAGAGCGGGAAGGGAAGAAAUUCGGAAAACAAGUACAGAUCGAGAAACUCAAGGAGCGCGAGAGGUCGAAGAAGGAAAUGGAGGAGAGGCUGAAAGGGCUGAAGCGGAAACGAAAAGACAUCUUGGACAAUCCCCAAGCGGGUGAAGACGACUUCGACAUCGCAGUCGAAGAUGCUAUUUCCGACCGUCCCGCCAAGCGUGGCAAAGCAGCUGGAGGACGCGGUCUUGCUCGCUCAGCACGGGACCAGAAGUACGGCUUUGGCGGGGCUGGCAGGCGCUCAAAACAAAACACGAAGGAGUCGACAGAUGACUUUGGUGACGGUGCGGGACGGGGAAAGGGACGGUUCGGCGGCAGAGAUGGAGGAAGAGGCGGUAGAGGUGGAGGUGGUGGGAGAGGCAGAGGUGGUGGUGGUGGGAGGGGUGGUGCGAGAGGCUCGUCUGGAGGUUCUAAACGUCUAGGAAAGUCAAGGCGAAUGACGAUGCGAAGCAAGUCAUAGGUCAUGAUAGGUUUAUUGACGAAUUUUCGUGGUUUCCCGUUUGCCUUUCAAUUUCUGAGGUUGUUGGUCUUUGGAAGCCAUACGAUGAUCAAACUCGAUGGCGUACAGGUGGUACUGAUAACCAUUUCGGCUGGUGGUUUUGACCUCCUAGUUAUUUCCUUACCUUCAUUUUCAUUAAAUUUCAAGCUUCAUGUCGACUUUUCGCCGUCGUCGACCUCGUUAGUGUAAAUAAAGCAAGAUUUCUUUUGUUGACGC